UCUCUCGCUGUCUCUCUCCCUCUGUCAAAAUAUAAAUAAAAUGUGUAAAAAAAAAAAAAAAGGAAAAAGAAGGUUCAGCGUAUUAAACAACAACAACUACUACUACUAGUACUCUCUCUUCUUCCUUAGACUCCGGUCGGAAGACUGUGAAAAGCCAUUUUUUCAGAGACAGGGCCUUUUGGUGGGGCUCCGGCACUUCCCAGCACACCCAGUGCACAGCCCCACCUUCCGCAAAGCCAGGACAGCUCUUUGGAGUUUCCCUCAUGGAUGUGUGUGAUAAAGACAACUUGCCCUUCCCAAUUCUGGGUAUGCUUUCCUUUAUUAAUGAAAAAGGGCCCCUCACAGAAGGCAUAUUCAGAAACUCAGCCAAUAUAAAAUCCUGCCAUGUCCUAAAGGAAAAACUGAAUUCUGGGGUCAAAGUGAACCCAUACAGCGAAUCUGUUCAUGUGGUCGCAUCCGUCUUAAAGGAUUUUCUUAGAAAUAUCCACGGAAGUAUAUUUUUAUCUGACCUCUAUGACAAAUGGCUCGGUGUUAUUGAUCAAGGCAACAAAGAGGAGAAGAUAACUGCAGCCCAGAGGUAAUGAUGCCAU